GCGAAAGUGGCCAAAGUCGUUUUUGUCAUCACCGGCGAUGGGAUCGGCACUAACGCCUCGGCCGUGUCGCGUUUUUACGCCGCCUUGCUGACUGAGGCCAGGGCAUUGGCAGCGGAUAAGCGGCUCAGGUAUGGCUUGGUCAACUUCAUCUGCGCUUCGCAUCGUUGUAAUCGGGUCGUCAUGUCUGCGGUGAAGGACGAGGUAAGCAGCCAGACGCUGAGGUUUUUCCGGUAUUUGGUGGAGGAUUACAACGAAGAGUUUUCCGCGAACCUCAACGCCCUCGCGCCUACUCUUGCGCAAAUAGGUGCUGCGCAUCCUCUUGCGGCAUUGUAUGGGUCAGAGACUGUCGGCGUUGGUCGCCCGGUUUCGUUGAUGUUGAGGGAUUUGGUGAAGGCGGAAGAGAAGCCUGUUCCGACGCGCUUUUUCCUCUACAUUAUGGCUAUCCUAGGCUGUAGAGUCGUGAGCUUGUCGAGAUGAAUGUGACAGGUGUUGACUAACUACCUGAGGUUGUGGCUACUCGUGGCUUUCCUUAGCCUCUGUAUCUGAUGUUCUGCCUCAUUUUGCUCCAUGUUACCCCCGACCCCUCUCAUGAUCAGCCCCUGCGUCAAGGCGUUGUUUUGUGCGAGGGUAAUCCAUCGCCUGCCGGUGGAGGCAUGGAAAUUGGACACGAAGAAGGAGGGGAACAUGCUCGAGGACCGGAAGGAGAGGAUUAGCAAGUUCCGCCUAUGGUGGUCGAAGGCCUCCACCGCUACAGACCUGAAGGUGAGCACGUUGUGCUUGCGGUUGACUGACAGACUCAUCUCGAUCUGCUGUCGAGAGAAUGCGACCGGUGACCUUGACAGUGGGCUUAUUGCGACAACC